UUUCGACUGUAGCUUAACUUCGGCGGAUACGAUUUAUGUGGAGUAAAUACCACUCGAGACAUAACGCACUAAUGCUUUAAGGUUUUUAGUGGCAGAGUUUAAGAAGUUUUACCACGAUGAAGCUGAUGAGAUCUGCAGCCCUGGUGCUGGUGUUGGGGUCACUGGCGGCGGCGUACCACGACCCCGACCUGAACUACCACCUGCAGCAGCUGCAGCAGCUGGCGGGCUGCGGGGACGCGGGGGGACACGCCGGGGGACACGGGGGGCCGCAGGGCUACUCGUACCCCGCGCCCGCGCUGCGCCUCGCCGCGCCCGCCUACCUGCCGCCGCCGCCCGCCUACUCCGCCGGCGUCGCCUACCAAGCACAGGCACAAGCUCAAUCCUCCUUCUCGAAAACCUCACCUCCAGUCUUCUACCCCAACGAGCAACAGAACACCGCGCAGCAGAAGGAGGAACACGGCUACGCGACGUCGGCCGGCCUGUCGUCCUUCACGUCGUCGGGCGCGGUCCGGCCGCAGGCGACCUACGCGCAGGCGCCCAUCAUCGCCAAGAUCACGGCUGCGCCGCUGCUCGCGCGCUACUCCGCGCCGCGCCCCGCCCUCAGCCACAACUCCGUGGAGAGCUCGGGCGGCGCCGUGGUGGCGCAGGUGUACGCGGGCCCGCCGGCCGGCUACCGCGCCGCCGCCCCCGCGCCCACGCAGCGCUACUUCACCCCCGCGCAGCCGCAAGCUAACAGCUACGCCUCGCAGUCCGUCGUGGCCGCCCAAGCCCAGUACGCCGCGCCAGUGAGCCAGUACGCUAAAGCCGUUGUGAACCAGUACGCUGUACAUCAAGCACAGCAGUACGCCGCCCCUGUAGCCACGCAGUAUGUGGCCCAGCAGGCACCGCAGUACGUCGCGCAGGCCCCUCAAUACGUGCAGGCUCCACAAGUAGUGUCUCAGUAUUCAGCGCCAGUGAUCCAGCAUGCCGCCCCGUUGAUCGGCCAGUACGCUUCGACAGUGCACCAUCAAGUGAGCUCAUACGGCGGUGGCGCGGCGUCGGCCCCGCAGUACCCUGCCCCGCUGCAAUAUGCACGGCAUCAAGUGGCGCAGCCCCAGCUGGCUGUCCAGCCCCUGCCCGCGGCCCCGCAGUUGGCUCUUCAACCAGCGCCCGCGGCCCCACAGUUGGCGCUACAGGCCGUAGCCUCGUCGGCGGGACACGCUAAGAAUGCCCACCAAGAAUUUGUGGAUAACUAUGACGCGAAUCCCCGGUACGCUUACGAGUACGGGGUCAACGACCCCCACACCGGGGACAUCAAGCAGCAGCGGGAGGAGCGCGACGGGGAGGUCGUCAAAGGUCAAUACUCUCUGGUGGAGCCGGACGGGUCGGUGCGCACCGUGGACUACGUGGCCGACUGGCGCACCGGUUUCCACGCCAACGUCAGGAACAGCAAGGACCAGCACUAGUGACACAGACAACUGAUGGAAGCUUUUUUCUUCUUCUUCUUAGCCAGCAGGGCUAGUCUU